AUGCUCAAUCGUCAAAUUACAGCAUUGCAGAAACGCUCACGCCUUCACGAUGUAGGCAUCGCAAUCACUGAAGACACAGUCCAGCUGAGGGAGCUCAUACGGCGCUUUUGCUCAAAUAUCACCCGUCAGAGCCCGUCGACCUAUCGAAGCAACGAUUCAACUACCAGCGUGGAGCAUCGUAAUAGAGACGGUAUUCCUAGAUUGUCGGAUUUGAAACGAGAAUAUGAGAGCGGGGGGCCGCUAGCAAUCGAAGAGUAUUUGAUCAAGAAGUUUGCGCUAUUUGUUUCCGUCAGUGUGCUCACCCCAGCACAAGUCUAUGAGCGUGAGCGUCUGGGGAACAUGGCGCUUCCUUCUGAGUGGUAUCCCAACGCUCGUUCAGUGCGACGCAAGCUGUAUCUACAUGUCGGUCCAACCAAUUCCGGCAAAACCUAUCAAGCACUCAAACGUCUGGAACAGUCCGAGUCCGGCAUCUUCGCAGGGCCAUUACGACUGUUAGCUCAUGAAGUAUAUGAGCGAUUCACCUCAGCAGGUGUUCCUUGCAACUUGCUGACGGGCGAAGAACGACGGAGUGUCCCUGAAGCACGCAUCACGAGCUGCACCAUUGAGAUGCUGAGUCAUCGCGCGUGCGAUGUCUUGGUCAUCGACGAGAUUCAGAUGAUUGGCGAUCGUUCGCGCGGUCAAAAUUGGACGUCGGCUUUGCUUGGUUCUGCUGCAAAGGAGAUUCACAUGUGUGGCGAGGCGUCCGCUGUCCCAUUGAUUCGAAAGAUUGCGGAGUCUGUUGGUGAAGAGGUUGAAGUCCGCGAGUAUUCUCGUCUUGGAGGCUUAGAGGUUAUGGAUCAAUCAUUAAAUGGCAGUUUGGCAAAAGUCGAGCCAGGCGAUGCAGUUGUCACCUUUUCAAGAAGAACCAUCUUUUCAACAAAAAAGGCGAUUGAGCAGCUGACGGGUCGCAAAUGUGCUGUCAUCUAUGGUGCACUACCGCCUGAGACACGUGCAGCCCAAGCGCGUCUCUUCAAUGAUCCAGACAGCGGCUACGAUGUUAUGGUUGCGAGUGAUGCCAUUGGUAUGGGCUUGAACUUGAGCAUCAAGCGUGUUGUCUUUUCGACAGUUCAAAAGUGGGAUGGUAUCCAAGAGAUCACAGUACCUAUACCGCAAAUCAAGCAGAUUGCUGGUCGCGCUGGUCGAUUCAAGGCGAAACCCAAAGUAGUGGAUGGGGAGGAUCCAGUCAAGGAUGUGCCUGGUUUCGUGACUACAUUGCGCAAAGACGAUUUGGAGGUCGUGCGGGAUGCUUUGGCAACAUCGACCAUCAUGCUUCCGAAAGCCUUGCUUUCGCCUCCAAUGGAGCUAGUACAGUCCUUCUUUCGUCUUUAUGGUAAGGACGUGAAGCGAUCUUUGGUACUAGAGCACUUGGAAAUAUUUUCCAGGACAUCGGAGCUCUAUCGGAUGGUUCCCUUUUCGUCUCGUGUCAAGCAUAUUGAUUUGCUUGAUGGCAUUGAAGGCUUGCGCUUUGCCGAUGCAUGGACAUUGUCUGAUGCACCCAUCAAGCGAGAUGCCGAAUGCGUUCGCGUCUUUGUGGAGCUGGCCAAGAAGCUGGGCAAGCAUGAAGCGGCUCCGAUUCUAGAGCUGACGGAGAUGAAUAUUGACAUUUUGGAUGGCGGUGCUCCAGAAACACCAGAGGGAUUGCAAAGCUUUGAAAGUCUGCAUGCUCAAAUCAUCCUCUACCUGUGGCUUGCCCAGCGCUUCCCAGGUGUGUUUGUCAGUCUGAUUGAGGCACUGCAGCUGAAGAUGCUCACGGAACAAUUUAUUGAGGAGGGACUCGCACACAUCAAGGCCAAGCGAGCUCAAAAGACGCUUCCCAUGGAGCCUAUCCUCAGAUCUAGGGAAGAAACGGUGUCAAUUUAG